AUGAAACGUUUCUGGAAAUGGGUUGUGGAUCAAAAAAUAAGUACUGUUCGAAAAUGGCAAUCAGUUAUGCUACAUCUGGAUCGUGAUCAUCAGGAUGGAAGACAUAUUAAACUGAUCAGUGGUAGCGAUGAUGAACUGAGACGAGAGCAGAAACGAAAUUCAAAGAUUCUACAAGAGGAAAAUGAUGAUUACCAGUCCAGUAUUUCGUUACAGGAUUUUGAUAUGGCAUAUAAGAGUGAACCGCUCGAUUUUGAAGAGUUUUUCAAAGAAUCAUCGGUUGCCAUCGAAUCAGCUUUGGUUAAUUUUUGCUCAAUUUUUUGUUUUUUGUUUUUCACAUUAAAAAUUACAAUUUAA